GAGAAAAUUGAUGGUAUACAUUAUGCUAAUAUCGGUGUAGCUGUAACAAGAGUGUAUGCGGUACCAAUUAAUGAUACUUUAUGGAAUAAUUCAGAUAAUGGUCAUUCAUUGUCCACUUCUAUUCCUUCUUCUUCCUCUCUUAAUAGUGGAAAUUUGUAUGGUAAUUUAAAGCAAAAUAAUCGAUGUUAUAAUCGAUCCCUAACAACAACAACAACAACAACAACAACAACAACAACAACACAACGAUGCAAAUAUCCUGAUAAUUUACGAAAGAAUCAUUCAUAUACACAACAACAACAACAACAACAACAACAACAAUUUUCUCAACAUCAACAUUCCAUGUCAUCACGAGAAUGGAAUGGUAUGAUCGGUCGAGCGCAUCGAGUAAUUGUUGGUAUUAGUGGAUCACAUUCGAAGAAGACGACAAUAUCAAAAAGCUUUCAACAACGAUCUUUCGAUAAUAAUUAUGAUAAUAAUGAUGAUAAUGAUGAUGUUCCAAUUGUAUAUCAGCAGCAACAACAACAACAACAGCAGUCUCAAAAACAAGAACGACAACAAGAACAUCAUUUUUUUCAUCAAAAUUAUCAUUUUCAAAUUGAUUUAGAGAAUGAUCAACAACCACUUCGUAUCGUACAUAGGUGA